AUGCCUUACCCCUGUCUCAUAUCAACCAUCGCUCUGUCUUUCGCUCCAAAACGUGUCGUCUCCGACAAGAGUAGAUGUUAUACUGGAGCAGCAUUGCUAGUAAAAGAAGGCAUUGAGACGUUGAGAGAGGAUUCUGGCAAGGAGUUAGACUCUGAUGAGGAGACACCUACUGUUUAUCCCCAAUAUAAUGAAAAAACCAAAUUUGAAAACCUGAAGUUUGAGGUUAGUAUGACAUUCAAAUCAAAAGCUGAAUUUAUACAAGCCACUAGGGAUUACACUAUCCAGUGGGGCAGAAAUAUAUUAUUUACCAAGAAUGAUAGAGUUAGGGUUAGAGUUGUUUGUAAGUCAGACGAUUGUCCAUGGGUGGUUUAUUGUGCUUGUAACAGUAAAGACUUGUCUUGGCAAAUUAAAAUGCUAGUUGAUAAUCACAUCUACCCUAGUAAGAGAAAAAAUAGGGCUGCAACCCAAACCUGGACACUUAGCAAGGUAGUACCUAAGGUUAGAAAGCACCCAACUAUGAAGCAUCGAGAGGUUUAUGAUUGGUUUGUCCGAAAGUGUAAUGUGUACCUCAAUAGCACAUGCAUCACCAGGGCACUAAAAGCUGCUAGAAAAAUUGUAGAGGGUGAUGAGAUAGCCCAGUAUGGUUUGGUGUGGGAUUAUGCAAACGAGUUACUCACUAGCAAUCCAGGAUCCAGAGUGCAAGUUGGUGUGAUCCUUAUGCCUGAGAGUCCUCCACUAUUUGAUCGGUUCUAUGUGUGUCUUGAUGCUUGCGAGCGGGGGUUUAAGGCGGGUUAUAGACCUCUAAUUGGACUAGAUGGAGCGUUUCUGAAGACACUACACGGAGGACAAAUUCUUACUGCUUGCGGACAAGAUGCUAACAAUCACAUCUUUGUGAUUGUCUAUGCAAUUGUCAGUGUGGAAAACAAGGAUAACUGGCAAUGGUUUCUUGAACUGCUUCACAGUGAUCUAGGUGACUACAGAGAGCACAAAUGGUGCUUCAUCUCAUAUAUGCAGAAGGGUUUAAUCCCUGCUGUUCAGGAAGUUUUUCCAAGAGUUCACCAUCGCUUCUGCGUGUGGCAUUUGUGGCGCAAUUUCUCGAAACAGUGGGGUAGUUGUGAGUUAAAAGAUCUUGUGUGGAAAUGUGCAAGGUCAAGGACAACAGUUGAAUUUGAUAGAAACAUGAAGAGAGUUAAGUUGAUCAACGAGAAAGCUUGGCAGUAUCUUGAUAAAUGGCCAAAAGAGGCAUGGACGAAGGCGCAUUUCAGUGAGGUUCCGAAAGUGGAUAACAUAUGCAACAGUGCCUGUGAGUCAUUCAAUGCAAAGAUCAAACACGAAAGGAGUAAGCCUAUCCUGACCCUGGCUGAGAAAGUUAGGAGAAUCAUCAUGAAGAGUAUGGUUGAUAACAGAAAGAAGUUGCAGAACUACCAAGGAAUUCUCCCUCAUGUUCAGCAAAGUAGGUUGGAAGCUAUGACAGUGCUGUCCCACCAUUGGGCUCCUCAGUGGUCUGGUGAUGAAAAAGAUGAGUUGUACGAAGUGCAUGGCUGGCCGACGAAUAUGGUGGUUGACCUGAGCAAGCACACAUGCACCUGUAGGUUUUGGCAACUUACAGAAUGCCGUGUAUGCAUGCAAUAUCGGCAAUACAAGAUAAGAAUGACAAGAGACCUGAAGAAUAUUGCCAUGAGUGGUUAA